UGAUGAAGAAGGUCGCAUCCACCAUGAAGAUAAACUCACCACAGGACUUCAAGGUACUCCUGAUGCUGCACCUUCUCACAGACGUCAGACACAUCAGUCUUAAAGCUGACGACCUUGUGCACCUUGACACAGACGACUGCCGUGAUAUACUACAGCUGGUCAAAGAUGUGCCGCACUUCAGGAUGGAAACUCUCAGUCUGGAGAACAUAACGAUGGAGGAAGGCCUCUUGUCCAGCAUAAUGGGUCGAUCUCCUCGUCUCCCUCCGUUCGUGCGUCGGGGGAACUUUGCAGUCAAGUCCUCACACACCUUCAGGAAAAGCCUUGUGCCUUGCGUUCUCUCCACUUGGACUCCUGCAACGUCUCUGACGAGGAUGUCGUGAGUGCUCUAGUAGGAAC